AAAUAUUGACAGGGAAGUAAUUUCCGCUAAUUAAAACAUAAAUAGUACAUAAACCAAAGUAAAUCCGGCCAAUCACUAAUUUCACCUUUCUCUCUCUCUCUUUCUCUUUUGUAGAACAACCCCAAUCAUGACUGUUGAAAGUUAUUCUCCUAUUAGUGAAACACAACGUAUUUUCCAAACUCUUAUCGAGCUGCCUUUAAUUCCUAGUGAAUUGAAACAGUAUGCUCAACUGAUUGAAUUUCACAACGAUCGUGCUGAAUUAAGUGUUCCAUGUCCUUUAAAGCAAACAGAAAUGAUUUCUGCAUUGAAAGCCCUUGAAGCUACUGUUGCUUUAGGUCUUGCCCAUUCUAGGUUCACUGAAGUUGAUAAUGCAUGCAAGAUCGAUUUGCAACACGCUUUAUUAUUCCUCAUGUCCACUUACUGUGCUUCUGUGGAUGGAUAUUUCAAAGGUGACAAGAAGGAAGUGUUGAAAUAUUUGAAGCCUACCGAUUUGAACCAAGCUCAAUCUGAUCCAUACCGUAGAAUGAGUGCCAACUUGUACAGAACCAAAGACGGAAGAUACUACCACAUCCAUGGUAGUUUGGAAGCCAACACCACUUUAGAAAUGAUUGGCUUGCCAACUUUUAUCAAAGGUAUGACUGAUUAUGACGAAAUCGUCAAGAUUUACCAAGACAAAUUAGACACUUUCAACUGUGAUGAAUUAGAAGCUUUGAAUGUUAAAAACAAACAAGCUGGUAUUGAAGCAUUAAAGCCAGAACAAUUCUUAGAAACUCCUCACGGUAAAACCAUCAGCAACACCCCAGAGUUCGAAGUUGACGCUUUGGAAACUUCCACUCCACCAGUUCCAUUCGCCCCCACAUCAUCCAAAAAGCUCCUUGAAGGAAUCAAAGUUUUGGAAUUAUGCAGAAUUAUCGCUGGACCAACUAUUGGUAAGAUCUUGGCUGAAUAUGGUGCCACCGUUAUAAAAGUCACUGCUGACGAUACCCUCCCAGACGUGCCAUUUUUCCAAGUUGAUGGUAACAUGGGUAAACACACUACCAACUUGAACUUGAAGAACGCCGAAGACAGAGUUAAGUUUGAAGCAUUAUUAAAAGACGCCGAUGUCGUGAUUGACGGAUACCGUGCCGGUGCUAUUGAAAAAUUAGGUUAUGGACCUAAGAAAUUAGCUGAAUUGGCCCAAUCAAGAAACAAGGGGUACAUCUACGGUUCUGAAAAUUGUUUCGGGUUCACUGGUGAAUGGAGUGGUCGUGCUGGUUGGCAACAAAUUGCCGAUUGUGCCUCUGGUGUUGCUUGGGUUCAAGGUACCAGUAUGGGUAACAACCAACCAAUGGUGCCACCAUUCCCAAUGAGUGACUAUGGUACUGGGUGUAUGGUUGCCAUUGCUAUUUUAGUGGCCAUUUACAAGAGAAAUAAGUUUGGAGGUUCAUACUGGGCUAAGUCAAGUUUAGUACAGUAUGAUUUAUUAUUAUUAAAGCAAGGUACUUACCCUGACCAAAUAUGGCAAUCACAAGUGCUUGAAAAUCCAAUCUUUGCUGACUUCUUGAAGUUACAUUAUUACGAUAGUGUUGAUAAGAUCAGUAACACUGCAUUAAAGGCUUUGCUUAAGCAACAACCAGAUAUUUUAAACAACGGUCAUUACUUCACUUCCAUGGAAAGUGAAGGGUUCAAGGGAACUAUUAGAGUUUUGAGACCAGUUUGUGAAUUUAAUAGUCUUGAAUUAGGGUACAAGUGUGUCAGUAGACCAAACGGUAGCGAUGCACCAGAAUGGUGGUAA